UUCAAGUUGGCGAGAUGGAGACGACGGGCACGCUUUUGAAGAGGCCACGGAAAACCUACAGCUGCCUGCUCUGCAGAAAAGACAAAGCGAAGUGCGACCGCAGAUCGCCCUGCGGGAGAUGUCUGAAGAAGCGUUUGGGGGAUGUCUGCGCGUUCACAAAGAAGGACUUACAGCCGUCGCGCCAGAGCGCGCCCGAGAUCGAAAAAAGGACAGGCCAACGUCCGCCAAUAAACUCGGACCCUAUGAUCCGAGAUCAGAGCACUCCCGCCGAAGAAAGCGAGAAAGCAAGCUCCUCGGGGAAUAUACCGCCAGCGCCGCUCGCUCAAUCCUCUUCAGGCGAUCCUCGCGGCUUCACCAAGUCAAAAAUCUUCGCUGACCUCACUGCGGAUCUCAGGACACUUGGUCUGCCUCAAGGGAAAGACAGACCAGAAUCACGACCACUGGGACUUGCCGCUGGUGAUUCAACGAAGCACCGUUUGAAAGACGUCCGCGAAUGGUCACCUGAUCUGCUUCAUGCCGAGGAGUUCGAACCCAUGGUUGCUCUCAAGAUGCAAGAGCUUCAAAACGCACAGUCCGUAGGACCCCCAAGACAUGACUGUGAUUCUUCAAAAGAGGCGCAGACUAGAGACUUUGGUGGCGGAGAGAUUGGAGUGGCACCUCGUGUGGUGGGGCGGCUCACCAUCCCGUGCGUUCCAAGCAGGCUGGCGUGGUGCUUUCUGGACGACUUUCUCGAUCUUGUCCAUCCUAUGAUUCCCAUCCUGCAGCCUCACCGGCUCAGAGCAGUCAUGGCUGAGUACUGCAACGCGGCAAGCAAGGUCGAGCUUCCGAAGCAGGAUCUAGUGUAUAUCUUGAUCGUGCUAGCUGUGGGCGCGGGAUCACAUGCUGUAGCCUUGCAAGCUGCUAAUUCCCGAAUCCGCGAUGAGGCGAUGCUUCGAGUCUAUCAAUUACUUGUAUUGGAGCGUGUCGCUCACGAAGACGAUACGCAGACAAGCAGGAGCUGGCUUCAACCUCGAUUCUGCGCGGAGAAGGCGGCAGACUUUUACACUGCAGCCAGGUUCCUGGUGGUAGACCUGGAGGCCGAAGAGCCCAGCAUCGAGGUAGCCAAGUGUUUCCGUCUCUUGGCUUCGUUCAACCUCAGUCAAAAUCUUUGGCUGGCUUUUUCUUUCGGUUGCAAGGCUGUGAUGAUGUCGAUGGCCCUCAAACUACACACUCUCUCGCCUCAUGAAGCCACGACAAUAGACAAAGCGGAAGAAGCACGGGAAGACGUCUGGAAGCUGUGGAUCUGCUGCGCAACCUUUGACAACAACAUUUUCCGCUUCAGAAAACUCUUGCCCGAGCGUCCACUGGCCAAUCGGCAGGAUAUCGAGGCUGUCAAGAUGAAGGAGCCGUACAUGGCUCAUAUGCUCCGAAUGGACGCCAUAGCCGCUCGCAUGUCGAAAUUACCUCCGAUGGACUCCCCGAGCUGGGUCGGUCAGAAUCCUGAGCGGCUAAGAGCGCAAAUAUCAGCGAUAGAGCUUGAGCUAGAUUGCGCUCGACAGGCCUUGCCGGAGGAUUCGCCCUUCCCUCUCGACCCCGAACAGGAAAUGGGACACAGAAACUCGUCUAUUGUCUUGACUGCCAGGCUCAUGACCUGCGCAUCGUGGACAUUUCAUCGUCUCCUGCUUCAUCGUCCGUACCUCAAAGCCUGUGUUCGCGGAGAGUCAUCGCCUUCGGUGGCAUCCGACGUCGCUCUUUCGAUCCGUUGCAGCGCCGAAGCUGCAACGAUGUUGUGUGACGCUGUCUUGUGCGUCAGUGCAGUAGAGGAUCGGCUCCACAGAUAUGCGACGGGCAUUUGCAUCAACCUACACAAGAGCUGCAGUACCCUUCUUAUCUGCAUCGUAGCUUCGUUGGAGUUUCUCGACGCAGAAUUCGACGCAACGACCAGAUCUCGUUGGGUAGAAACGAUGAGAAGGACUCGAGCCAAGGCGGAAACAUUUGCGGUCGAUGCAAACGUAGCUAACCCAGAGACCGCGAUAAUCAAGCAGCUGCAGGCUCUCUGCGAGCGAGCUGAGAUUCUUUCAAGGAGCACGGAGCGCUCUUCGAAUAGUGUUGAGCCUUUUCCACACAUCACUAACUCAGCGUCUCCUCAGCCGGAGCUGCCCUGUCAGCUUGGGUCAACUAUUCGAGCGCAUGAUUCGGUCUCGACUGAAAGGGAUGGUGUGCAUCCGAUAGAGCACUGGCAGAUCAGCGCAGAUCAGCUUCUUGACAUCCUAACGGAGGACGACGCUUGGUGGAAUCUGCACCCUCCUGGGAGGCGAGCGGCUGCAGACGGCAGUGAUACGAGUGGCUGACUGAUCGUUACACUUAGAUGAAUCUUUGGUGGGGAG